AUGGCCACCAAAGAAAAACUUCAAGAAAUCUCUAAUAUUGUUACUCAACACACCGAUUCAAUCUCUGAGAUGAAAACUGAGAUUCAAUCUUUGGGUGAUAAGAUGAAUCUUCUUAUUCAUUUGUUUCAAUCAGCGCAAUCUCCUCAACCUGGAUCGGAGAAUCAACAACCAAAUCCGGGUAACCCAUUUACAGAUCUUCAUCAGGUGAUUCAUAAUUUCUCCAAUACUGAAUCUCGUAAGUUCACUCGUACCCCCAAGGUUGAUUUUCCUCGUUUUAAUGGUAUUAAUCCUCGUGGUUGGGCUCCUAAAUGUGACCGGUAUUUUAGUUUACAUAAAUUUCCUGAUGAUGAACGUGUUGAUAUGGCUGCAAAUCAUUUCGAUUCAGCAGUAGAUUCAUGGUUUUUAAAUUACCAGCAGGGUAAAGAGUUUAUUUCAUGGGAUACCUUUAAACAUGAUUUAUGUGCUAGAUUUGAAGAUGUUGCUCAUGAUAAUUAUGUUGGUAGUUUCAAUAAACUAGCCCAAACCACCACUGUAGAGGAUUACUAUGAUCUUUGGGAGCACUAUAAAAGCUUUAUGAUAGCUACUUAUAUACCUGAGAGUUUUUAUACAUUAAGCUUCAUUAGUGGGUUAAAAGAGGAAAUAUGUACAGUUGUGCAAAUGUUCAAACCUAAGAAUACUGCAACAUCAUUUUAUUUGGCUAGGCUGCAAGAGGCUUCUCUACAUCACCAUCCUAAACCAACUAAAUCCUUUUCUAGACCAUUUGUUAGGAAAGAUAAGGGGCUUUGUUACAAUUGUGAUGAGUUCUACAGACAGGGUCACAUAUGUAAAACUCAACAAUUAUUCAUGAUAAUUGCUGAUGAAGACUUAGAGGACCAUGGUUCCUUAUCUACUGAAGAAAUAUCUGAUGCAUCUCCUUCGACUUCUGAUUCUACAAUUGAGAUUUCCUUACAUGCUUUGACAGGGAAUAUUGCUCAUGACACUAUUAGAAUCUCUGGUCAUCUCAAAAAGCAUCCUGUGGUUUUGCUAAUGGAGACAGUACCAUCAGCACGGGUAUUUGACAACGUCUCAACUAGGAAAUGCAAGGACAUCAAUUUUUCUGCGAAUUUACGGGUUCUUCCUCUAGGUAGAUGCGACAUUGUUUUAGGAGCAGAUUGGUUGCGCCAACUUGGUGAUGUUACCUUUAAUUUCAGUCAACUGAGCAUUUCUUUUAUACAUCAAGGUAACCCAAUCACACUUCAGGGUACUUCUUCUAAACCCUCUCCGAGUCGCCUUACUGCUUCUUCCUUAAAGAAGUUUAUUAAGAGUAACACCCCUACACUCAUAUGUCAAUUUUUCUCUAUUUCUACUACCCCUGUGCUUCCACCACCACCUGCAAUCUCUGCUCUCCUAGACACUUUUUCAGAUGUUUUCGCAGAACCUACUGGACUUCCUCCUUCUAGGUCACUUGACCAUCAAAUUCCACUAAAAACAGGGUCUAACCCAACUUCUCAAAGGCCAUAUAAGUGCCCUUAUGUCCAUAGGUCUGUGGUAGAAUCAUUAGUCUCUGAAAUGCUCUCUUCUGGUGUGAUACAACCCAGCCAUAGUCCAUUUGCUGCCCCUAUUCUCCUAGUUAAGAAGAAGGAUGAAACUAGGCGUUUUUGUGUAGAUUAUCGUAAACUCAAUGACAUCAUUGUUAAGGACAAAUUCCCAAUUCCACUUAUAGAAGAAUUACUUGAUGAGUUGAAUGAUUUUAUGCCAAAACUCGAGUACCUUGGCCACAUUAUCACUGCCAAUGGUGUUGCUGCAGACCCUGACGAAGUUGCAGCCAUGGUCAAUUGGCCACCACCACAAACUCUAAAGAAGCUACGAGGCUUCUUAUGA